ACCAUGGCACUCUCAUGGGUCGCAUACACAUGCAUCGCAAUCCUCCUCGCCUCCGUCUACAUCCGCAAGCGCCUAAACAAUCACACAUCCCAAUUGGAGCGUGAUGCGCAAUCCGAGAAACCUGGUCGCCCGCGCCACAACGAUGGGUCAACUGCAUCUGCGCGCCAACUUCGCGGCAGACUCGUCGCUACCAUCCCACAUAUUACCAUCGCACCGGAAAAUGUAAAUGAAUUCGAAAAAUUAAUGAGUGCGUAUUGGGACCAGAAAGCGCGUGAGGUCCAGCCUUCGUGUGUGGUGCGGCCACGUAAUGUAUGGGAGUUAGCGCAGGCUGUUAAGAUACUCAGUCAGGAAUUCGAUCGACGGAUUCGGCAGAGUGGGGAUUCAAGAGAGGGGCUGGAGCCGAUCUUUGCGGUGCGAGGGGGAGGUCAUAGUCCCGUUGCUUUUGCAUCGAGUAUUCAAGGUGGGGUACUUCUUGAUCUUAGUCUCUUUGACAAGGUUGUCCUUGCAGAAGAUAAAAAGAGUGUGGCGAUUGGUGCUGGAUGCCGAUGGAUCGAUGUUUAUGCAGCGCUAGAGAAAGAUAGUCUUGCGGUUGUGGGAGGAAGGAACUCUGCUGUGGGUGUAGCAGGAUUGACGCUUGGAGGGGGUUUAUCGUUUUUCUCGCCUCGGUAUGGGUUUGUGUGCAGCAAUGUUGUUGAGUAUGAAGCGGUUCUCGCGGAUGGAUCGAUUGUCACAGCGGAUCAGCACAAUAAUACGGAUCUUUGGCGCGCACUCAAAGGAGGCGGAAACAAUUUCGGCAUCGCUACUCGAUUCACUGUUCGUACAUUUCCAUGUAUGAAUGUCUGGAGCGGAUUCGUCUACUACUCUUCUUGGAAACACCCAGAGAUACUCUCUGCAUUCCACUCCUUCGUCGCGCGCACCACAUCCGGCGAAACAAACCAGAGCUUCGAUCCCCACGCCGCUGGUCCAUUGGCCUGCUUUACCUAUCUCCAGUCCUACGGCAUCCAAGGCAUCGCCGUGAACCUUGUGCAUACGUCACCAGAUCUCAAGAGAAAAGCAUGGCCAAGCACUUGGCUCAGUUCUGGUUUCAAAAGCACAUGGCGAUUCUGGAGUACGUGUAAAGUGCGGACGUUGAUUGAAGCGACAGACGAAUUGAAUGCCUUGAAUCCACCGCAGCGCCGCCAGGAAUUCGCUACUACGACGAUUAAAAACGAUGUCGACACAUUGACGGCGACACAUACGGUAUAUCACAAUGCUAUCCAGAAAAUCCGACAACAUAAUAUCAAGGGCAUGAGCUGGACACUUGUGCUUCAGCCACUACUUUCUACCUGGACAUGCAAGGGCGAUGCUAAUCCUAUGGGACUUGACAAUAAAGACGAAGAAGCCUUAGUCAUUAUAAGUUUUACAGUAAACUGGGCACUGAGCAAAGACGAUGGGAUUGUGGAAGACAUUACGAGAGCUGCGAUUGAACAGAUAGAUGCGUAUGCCCAAAAAAGGGGGACACAGCAUAAAUACCGAUACAUGAACUACUGUGCAAAAUGGCAGAAGCCGUUUGACGGAUACGGAGAAGAAAACCUGGAAUAUCUUCAACGCGUUAGAAAAGAAGUUGAUCCCGAGGGCUUAUUCCAACAUGGAUGCAUUGGAGGAUUUAAACUCGGCAUGUAAAGCCAAUACCAUGUAGUACUCUAGUAGCGAACCCAUUUCACCGCAUUCGAUAUUCAAGACUACUCCAUACACCACUCACACACUGCCCUCAUACCCAAUCCAUCCAUCUAGCAACUUAACAGGUGCCGCUAGCACAGCACGUCGGCGAAUCUGGCGAACACCCAUUCUCAUCACAAUUGCACGUGUCCGUCUGCGCAUCCUCGGGAUCCGAAUCCGGCCAGUCUUGAUUCGUGGCGUCGUCGUCGCGCUCAUUGCGGGGGCCGGAGAAGGCUUUGCCGCAGAGUUCUUCGAAGGAAAU